GGCGGGGGCCCCGGGGGCGCUGCUGGCUCGGCGCUGGCCGCCCCUGGAGAGACCCAAUGGGGCCGGCGGCUCCCGCUCGUGCCGUUCGACGCCCCCAGCCUCAACUUCUGGGCCAUCUGGUCGGGCGACAACACGUCGGAGGAGAACAUCGCGCUGUGGGCCGAGUACCAGGCUAAGAUGGUCAGCUACUUGAAUACGCAGUUCUGGCAGGGACAACCCAAUGUCAGCUUGCGAAUACUGGUGAUCAACCCGGUGCAGAACAGCAAUUUGUCUUUGGAAAAUUUCAUCCGCAACUACGACAAGUUGACGAACAAUUCCUUCGGCGACGUGUUCCAUUUUGCUUUAUUUUUCUACCAGGCGUCCAGCGGUUCCUUGUGCCCAGGGGGAGGUGAGGAAGCUUCAGGCUGGCGCGAGUGUGCAUGUAAGCGGCAUUGAAUUUACAGGCGGCUACCAGGAUCGCACAUCUGAACGCAUCCCAGUCUGACCGAGCGCCUGGCUUGCAAGUAGUGCGACAAGCCUGUUUUUUUGUCAGUCUACGCAUUCGCAGAUCCAUGCAUCCGCAGCAAACCCUGAUUGGCACAGACAGCAAGUAUCGUACCAUGAUGCAA